UGCGAGCACGGACCCAGCAGAGACACGCAGAGAGCCCACGAGCCCGCAAAGUAGCGGACGCAUAUUUUUCUCUGGUGCACAAACGCCCGGUUGCCACAUGCGAAACGCAGUCUGCGAAGAGGAUACGCAGCAUUUGUUAGUUACAUAACUGGACUACUUGUUUUCUUUUAUUCUUGGGCUUUUUCUCUCCCCCCCUCUUGCCUCUUUUUUGUUGCACCGAAACUGACCCCCCCUCCCUCUCUAAACUCAAAAUGGAGAACGACGACAAAUACCUCCCUGAGCUGCUGGCGGAAAAGGACAGUCUGGACUUGUCGUUCACGCACGCCAUGAAACUUUUGAACGCAGAAAUUGAUAGAAUCCAGAAAGGCGAGACUAAAAAGGAGGCAGAAGCAUACCUGGACCUUUUCACAACAAAGAACAUCAAACUUAAGGAGCGGGUGCUCAUACCUGUCAAACAGUACCCAAAGUUCAAUUUUGUGGGGAAGAUUUUGGGACCUCAGGGUAACACAAUCAAACGGCUACAAGAAGAGACUGGAGCCAAGAUCUCUGUGCUGGGCAAAGGAUCCAUGAGAGACAAAACCAAGGAGGAGGGGUUGAGGAAAGGCGGCGAGCCCAAGUACGCCCACUUGUCCAUGGACCUGCAUGUAUUCAUUGAGGUGUUUGCCCCCGUUCCAGAGGCUUACCUGCGCAUGGCACACGCCAUGGAGGAAGUCAAGAAGUUCCUGUUUCCCGAUAUGAUGGAUGACAUCUGCCAAGAGCAGUUCAUGGAGAUGAGCUACCUGAACGGAGGCCAGGAGCACGGAGCCCGAGGUCGCGGGGGCAUGCCGGGCAGGGGCCGUGGAAUCCCUCCUGCUGGAGCGCACAGGGGAAGAGGAAUGCCUCCUCGUGGAGGUGCUGUGAGGGGAGGCGUGACCCGAGGUGGCCCAGCCAGAGGCGGCCCAGUGAGGGGUGGCCCGGGAGGUCGAGGAGGGCCCCCUGCAGCACCUGCCAGAGGAGCUGUGGCACCUCGUGCGAGGCCUCCAGCUGCCGGACCUCCCCAGAGGAUGGCGCCCCCACCACACCAGCACUCCUCCACUGCAGCCUCUGAGAACUACGAUGAAUAUGGCUACGAUGAGAGCUACACAGACACGUCCUACGAGUCGUACGACAACUAUUACAGUCAGCCGCAGGCAGAGCCAGAAUACUAUGACUACGGACACGGAGAGACCACAGACUCGUACGAGUCGUAUGGCCAGGACGACUGGAAUGGGACCCAGCAACUAGGUCCAGGAAAAGCCCCUCCCAUCUCCAGAGGUGCCAAGACGACUUACCGGGAUCACCCAUACCGACAGUACUGAAGCGGACUCGCCACCCUUAACGUGUCGCCCUGACUACCGCCUGUCUACCAUGGCAGCUCUUGCUUUAAGCAGCCCGACAAAAGUAAUUGUCCGUUUUGUCUUUGGUUUGGUCUUUUCCUACGCCGGACUUUAUACGAGAGAGCAAAUUGGGAACUGAAAAUUGGAACUGGUUUUUGUGAUUUGGCCGCUAACUCCCUCCCCACCACCGCCACCACCACUACUUUGUCACACCCACCCAUCCAUUCAACCAACCAAAGCGGCUUUUAGACGAGUUAAAAAGAGAAGUUGGUGACCCUUUUUGUUCCUUUUCAUUUAAAUUUUUUUAUUUUAUGUUGCUGUAUUUUUCUCUCUGACUCUUUUUUACCCCCCUCUGGCUUUUUUUGCAUUGUUGACCGUUAAUUUUUUAACUGUUUUGGAAUAAUCAUUUCUAGUGGAGUCGGUGGCUCACACCCACUUGUCUAAGGAGUCCAUUAUAAUUGUUUAUAAAUACAAAGAAUCUGUCGAGGGUCAGUUGCAGAUUCCCAUUUAGGCUACAUUUCAAAAUUCUUUUUAAUAUAGCUAAAUAAAAGACCUUUUAAAACUUUCAAUCAUGUAAUAUAGACUUUUAAAAAAAAAAAAUCAAACAACUGUUAAAUUAAGUGAAGGUUAAAGAAUCAAUGUUAAUGGAAUCAUUACUAUUCAUUUUUGAAUGAUGGUUUGUUUUUAAAUAGUUCUAAAACAUUGUCCAUUUAGGAUUAGUCAGCAAUAUUUGUCAUUGUACGUAGAGUUUUGAAAUAUAGCCCUAAUAGACACUGUUGAGAUGGACUGUCCUCAUAUCCUCAAUUUGUUAUACAUGUUAAAAAAACGUUAAUUUUACGAUUCUGAAGACAAAAAUGUUUGUUUUAAUAAGAACACAGCCAAGAGCUGGCCUCCUGUUAUGCUUAAAACACAGUUCAGGUCUUCAUUUUGUGAUCUGACUCUAUAAACUGCAUGCACAAAGUACUCAAAGAAAGGAUUGGGACAAAAAUCUCCACAUGGGUCUUCUCUUUCUACAGAGAAGGGAUCCUGCAGCUCAAUCCUAACUCUUGUACAUAUUUUAAAACUAACUGUUUAUCUGUACCCUCUCCAUAAAAUGCAUUAUGCUACAUGUGUAAGCUUGCCUAAAUAGGUUACUAAAUCUGUCCAAAAGAUGUUUUGCAGCAGUUUGUCAAUAAAGCUUAGUUUGUUUUUUAUGAAA